CGAUAUUUCAGUAACAAAACAGUGGCAGCUGAAAUAUCGUUCUACUUUUGGUCCGUGGUACUUGACAAGGACUUCAAUUAAUUUGAUUUUAAUAUUUGAUAGUGCAAAUAAGCGCAGCUCUCAAUGGUUUUAAGUGACGACGACUCUGGAAAAGCUGUUCCUUUGGCUGAAAAUGGCCAAAGUAAGGAACGUGUAACUGAAAGACGCAAUCUCAGACGGAAUACAAUGAACAAGCCCCCUCAACACUUCAAGGACAAUGGCAAGACCCGCAGGACUAUCGGAGGGAAGAUGUUUCCGUACUUCAUAGAAGACCAACAAACUAAAAAUACGGAACGUCCUAUGCACGGAUCAACUGAACAUUGCCAUAAUGGGUUUCCUCCAGCCAGGCGCAGUACCGCUAUAUCGCCCAGAUUGAAACUGACUCCCCCGAAGACAUUGAGCCCAAGAAGGACUAGAACGCGCAGAGAAUCUGCGUUUGACUACAAAUCCGAAGCGGCCAAACGCGUUGAUAUGAUCGCGAAGUCCCGAGAUGAACGUAGGCAGAAGCAGGCCGAAGAAAGAAUUCUAAAGGAGCAGAUGAUGACCAUAGAACAUUCUACUCCAUAUUGGGAAUUCGCGCACAUGAUCGCUGAAUACAGAAAAGGUAUAGAGUUCAAGCCUUUACGUGAUACAGAUCCAGUUGUGGAAAACCAGAUUACGGUUUGUGUACGAAAGCGACCUAUGAAUCGCAGAGAAAUGAAUCGGAAGGAGGUAGAUGUAAUUAGCGUACCUACAAGAAAUCAAUUAAUUGUUCAUGAACCUAAACAUAAAGUUGAUUUAACAAAGUUUUUGGAAAAUCAACAUUUCAGGUUCGAUUACGUUUUUGAUGAAGGUUGUAGCAACGAUAUAGUUUAUAAGUUUACUGCAAAGCCUUUAGUUAAGACUAUAUUUGAAGGUGGAAUGGCCACCUGUUUCGCAUAUGGACAAACCGGUUCUGGAAAGACUCAUACCAUGGGAGGGGAGUUUAAGGGUAAAAAUCAAAAUUUUAAGAACGGCAUCUAUGGUUUGGUCGCUGUAGACGUCUUUAAGCAACUUGCUAGUGCCAAGCGUUCUAAAAUGAAUUAUGUAAUCUCGGCAAGUUUUUUCGAAAUUUAUGGUAAACUUGUAUUUGACCUACUAUCUAAGAAACAACGAUUGCGUGUAUUAGAAGACGGAAAGCAGCAAAUCCAAGUAGUGGGUCUGACUGAGAAAACUGUGGGCAAAGUUGAAGAUGUGUUAGAACUGAUACAAAAAGGAAGCAUGGAACGUACUUCUGGUCAAACAUCCAAGAACUCAAACUCGUCGAGAUCUCACGCUGUGUUCCAGAUAAUAGUUCGAAAGGCUGGUUCUAGAGUUAUUGAAGGGAAAUUUUCGUUGAUUGAUUUGGCAGGAAACGAACGAGGGGCUGAUACAUCGAAAUCAAAUCGCCAAACUCGCAUUGAAGGGGCUGAUAUUAAUAAAUCUUUGCUGGCCCUUAAGGAGUGUAUCAGAGCUUUGGGACGUAAAGGUGCUCAUUUACCAUUCAGAGGAAGUAAACUAACACAGGUCUUAAGAGAUAGUUUUAUUGGAGAAAAGUCUCGAACUUGUAUGAUUGCCCUAAUUUCACCUGGAAAUAGUUCGGUUGACCAUUCCCUCAAUACACUGAGAUAUGCUGACAGAGUUAAAGAAUUGGUCGCAAAUGAUUCGUUAGAGGAAGACCCAAUUGAUAUACCCUCUGACGAUCUAUGCGACGAUAAUGAUGCAGAUUUAGAAGAUUAUUUAAAAUCAGAUGAAACCAUGGAUAUAUCAUCCAAUGAAGAUGAAGUUUUGGAUAGUAAUCGUCAAGUCCUUGAGGCUUGCAAAUUUUUCCAUACAACUGCUUGUAAACUACUAUCCGAUUAUCAUAAGGAAGGAAUAGAUAAGAAACAAUACGCCGUAACAUGGCGUAAUCUACUAAGUGAAAUGGUAGAUAUUCAAACCGCUGCGUUGAUCAAGGCGAAUGAGUACUGUCAAUUACUUCAGGACAACAAUUAACUAUAUACUUUUUUAUUUAAUUUUUAUUAUUUUAACACAACUGUAAAUGUCUUUCUUUAUUAAUUUUUUUACAUUUUACAUUUUAAUAAAAAUUUAUAAGUAUACAA